AUGGAAGACAGUUUAGGUUCAGAUUCAGUUCCUUCUGGUCCCAUUGACAAAAACAAGGUUUUCUCCAUUAAGCCAUUAAGAUGUCUUGUUCCAAUUUUCCCAUCACAAGGGGGUUCUGGUCCAUCUUCAACUCAACAAUCUCCAUUUGCAUUCGUUUCUCCAACUGGUCCAUUCCCCCCUGGAGCUGCACAAUUUUUCCCCUUCGUUUCUCCAACUCCAAAUGAUUCUCCUAAUCAGAGACAAACAUCCAGUGUACCUGAUAAUGGUAAAUCCUACGCAAUCCCAUCUCCAGUUCCUCUAAAUUCCUUCAGGACACCCAUCUCAGCACCACCUCCUGACAAUGGUGCCAAAGGCACAACAACAACAACAACAACAAUGACAACAACAGCACCAACAGCAACAAGAAGAAGCUCCAAGAAUGUCAUCCCAUAUGAUGAAGGAUACACUCAAAGCGAUGGAUAUGAAAACGGGUUCACAAUCGAUACAGAAGACAGCGGUGAUGCCAUUAAAAGAAAGCGAAAAAUCCGGAAAACCGUGAAAGGAGCACAAGCAGUAGCUGUAUCUAGUUCUGAAGUCGACAUCGACCCAUUAGUUAAUCAUAUUUUGAAAUCUUUUCGCCUUGUUGAAAUCGAUACAAUUCUUCAAGCUGAUAGUAAUCAUGAAUUAGUCCAACGUGUGGUUUUGGUUUACAAUCUACUAAGGAGAAAAAUCACACAGCUCGAUGAUGCAAAAGGGGUAAUCCCAGGGAUUUCAAGACGGGCAGAUUUACGGUCAGGUACAAUCUUGAUGAACAAAGGUGCCCGGGUGAAUACAAAAAGACGGGUCGGACCCGUACCCGGUGUCGAUAUUGGUGAUGUUUUCUUUUUCAGAAUGGAGCUCUGUUUGGUGGGGUUACAUGCUCCAAUCAUGGCAGGGAUAGAUUACUUAAGUUUUAAAGUCAGUGGUGAUGAAGAACCGAUUGCAGUAAGUAUCGUUUCAGCAGGAGGAUAUGAAGAUGAAGAAGACGAUGGAGAGGUGAUAAUCUACAGUGGUCAAGGUGGUGUUCAAAGAAGCGAUAAAUUACUCAUGGAUCAAAAACUCGAAAGGGGUAAUCUUGCUUUAGAAAAAAGCUUACAUAGAGGUAAUGAAGUAAGAGUUGUUAGAGGUCUUAAAGAUGGAACAAGUGCAACUGGAAAAGUAUAUGUUUAUGAUGGGUUAUACAAAAUCCACGAAUCUUGGAUCGAAAAAGGAAAAUCCGGUUGCAAUGUUUUCAAGUAUAAACUCAUUCGGGUUUCCGGGCAGCCCGAGGGGUUUAUGUUAUGGAAAUCAAUUCAACAAUGGAGAGACGGGGUGACUGCCCGAGUCGGGGUUAUCCUGCCCGAUCUUACUUCCGGUGCGGAAAAUUUACCCAUUUGUUUAGUUAACGAUGUGGAUAGCGAAAAGGGCCCCGCGUAUUUUACGUAUCUGCCCUCUUUGAAAUACGCGAAACCAUACGGAACUUCAAAAUCUUUAAGCUGUAGAUGCUCAAACGGAUGUCAACCCGCGUCUCCUUGCCCUUGUGUGGAAAAAAACAACGGGUAUCUUCCGUAUUCAUCAACGGGUAUUUUAUUAAGUCAUAACUUAAUUGUUCAUGAAUGUGGGCCUUCGUGUUUAUGUCCUCCAAGUUGUAGAAACCGGGUGUCACAAACGGGGUUGAAACUCCGUUUAGAGGUUUUCAGGACAAAAAAUAAAGGUUGGGGACUUAGGUCGUGGGACCCGAUACGGGCUGGAGCUUUUAUUUGUGAGUAUGCGGGAGAAGUGAUUAAUGAAAGUGGGAUUGAUAGUGAUGAUAAUUAUGUAUUUGAUGCGGGUCGGGUUUUUGACCCGUUGGAGCUUGUGCCUACUGAUGAGCCUGUUAAGAUUCCGUUUCCGUUGGUUGUUAGUGCGAAAAAUAAGGGGAAUGUGGGUCGGUUUAUGAACCAUAGUUGUUCGCCUAAUGUUUAUUGGCAACCGAUUAUGAGGGAAAAUGAAGAGGAGUCGUAUUUACAUGUUGGGUUAUAUGCGAUUAAGCAUAUUGGACCUUUGCAGGAGUUAACGUUUAAUUAUGGGGUCCCACGGGUUGAGAAAAAAGGGAUUGUGAAAAAAAAGUGUUUGUGUGGAUCUUCGAACUGCAAAGGCUUUUUUUACUAG